AUGGCGCAGAUGGUACCUGUCAAAGGUUUCAACGCAGGACUGGCGCACCGAGCAUUUUCUCCAGCAAGUCAGAAUAGCCUUUUACGGUUGCAACUUCUGCCUGCACUGCUGCGACUUUGCACAGGUGCUCUGGAGGAUUACCCGUCGCUGGCAGUCUGGCGGGGUCGUGAUGACGCCAGUAUUGAUUGCAGGCAAUGA